AUGAUUAUUAGUAUUUUAUCUUCGAUUUUCCGUGUCCUUUUCCUCGCGGGGCUUGUAACUGCAUUGUUAGGGGUGAAAAAGACACGUUUUCGCCACGUCCCAUCGCGCCGAACGCGUAUACCUCGUCACCACGGUGAAACAACAUUGUGGUUAGAGCGCCUCCUAAAUGCUAUUUUAGAAAUGCUAUACUGUUCAGCGUUGGCAGCUGAAGACAAACAACCUGCCGACGCGAACUCUAUGUCAGGGAGUCCCAAACAGUGUAGUGUUCAGGAGAGUCACGUUAAAAAAGACCGAAAGAAGCACCGUCUUGAGGAUAUUUUUUCAUUUUUACAAUCUUUGUCAUCCUCAGCCGGGGGGGAGGGGAGUGAUCAAAGCAAUUCUCAAGUUCCGUGUAGCCAUUCCUUGAGCGAUGUUUUCCUACCUCACCUAACCGGCGGAUUCGAAAGGGGAAGUUCAAAGACUAAUACUACCGAUGAUAACACUGCAUAUACCUUUAAACGACCAGUUGAGCUCACCAGAUCUCAAGGGGUGGCGUCUCCAAACUUCGAUUUUUCAAGGCCACAACCAUCACUUUUCGGCAUGGAGUAUGGCAAUGCCGCAGAGGGCCACCCACGCGUACGUUCAGAGCUCAUCAAGCAACUCGAGGAGCGUGUGAGUGCGGCACUAGAGGACCGUGGGAUCGCGGCAUGUGCAGAGUUUCGUAUUAACGCCCUCGGAGAGAAACUACCGCGUGUGAAGGCGAUCCACAUUCUUCACAUGAACGAAUCCCACACUGGCACUAAUGCCCGCAACGCCAUGCUGGAGAAGAUGAAUUCCUCCACGCAGUCUAUCAGUUCGUCAGCCGCACCCAAUACGGUGGUGGGCGAAACGGGGGCUGGGCCCAACCUCUUUAAGGCUCAGCUGCCGCAGGAUAAGACGUUUGGUGUCCACAGACUACUCUCGAGUCCCGAGAGGACGGGGAUGUGGGGUGGUUUUGGUGAUAGUGGGGAUAUCCAUUCGGGUGUCGUUUCGGGGGAUCCCCUCAACACACUGACCCACGAUAGUGGGAUGAAGGGAAGGGGAAAUCAAAUGUUUGGUAGUGCGGGUGAGUCUGAGGGGAAAGAGGAGGCCUCGGCGAGGGCGGCACGGGCGGGUGUGCGCCAGACAGCUCGGUCACCGCAGAUGCACCCUUUAUCACCGACUAUCACUGGCUCAACAAAGAAUGGCACUUACAACUCGCCAGACCCGACCUCGAUUGAAGUGGAGCUCGAGGUGGAAUAUAGUGGGGGGUUGGAGGUCUCACUACAAGCAGAUCUUUCGUUUAUGCGGGGUCGGCAUCUACCUGUGCACGUGAGUGUGUGCAAUAUCAGAAACCUUCGUGCGCAUAUGCGUGUUUUGCUCAAUUUAAAGUUCGCAUCCUCUACGAUGGAAUUUCCAGGAAAACCUUUUAUUGAAGCCACUAUUUGGCUUGAGUCGGAUCCGUCUUUCGACAUGACGAUGCAUACUACGUUGACGCCGUUGGGGAUCAAGGACUUUUUUCUUUUCCCUUUGAUUACUAAGUUUUUUCUUUUACGUUUUUUUCGUAGCAAGAUGCAGCGAUCGCGUGGUCCUGGUGUAACCGUAAAGGUGCCAUUGCCUAGUGACAUUGUGGACAACGGGGUUGAGCGUUGGUGUGAUGAUUCUAAUAGUGGGAGCAACCCAAAUGCUGACAGCAGAAGUUAUGAUACCACAGGUGAGACUGGUUCGAGCAUUCAUAGGCAAGGCCUUAGUAGCAGCCUUGACUUUUUACGGAAUAAGUAUGGCGGAUCAUUAUCGCCGCCUGCACAGCAGUUGGACGGCUAUUGA